AUGGCCUCCGAUUUGGGAGCAUUUGUGGGUCAAGAGGAGGGACUGCUUAAGAGCCUUGGAGCCCCGGAUGUCAGAGCUUUGGGGGACAAGCAGGAUUGCUUGGGGCCCCGGUGGAGCUUCCCGACUUACCUCCUUUCUUUGUCUUUUUCAGGGGUUGGCAAAACAACCUUGAUCCAGAAAGCCAGCGAGGUCCUGCAGUCCUCCGGGGUGCCCGUAGAUGGAUUUUACACCCAAGAAGUCAGGCAGGGCGGGAGGAGGAUCGGAUUUGAUGUCGUCACCCUGUCUGGCUCUCGGGGGCCUCUGUCCAGAGUUGGGUCACAGCCUCCAUCUGGAAAGCCUGAGUGCCGAGUUGGGCAGUAUGUGGUGGACCUGGCUUCUUUUGAGCAGUUGGCACUACCUGUCCUAAGAAAUGCAGGUCCCAGCGGCGGCCCCAGGCACCGUGUGUGCAUCAUUGAUGAGAUUGGGAAGAUGGAGCUCUUCAGCCAGCCUUUCAUUCAGGCAGUCCGCCAGACGCUGUCCACACCGGGCACUGUUGUCCUUGGCACCAUCCCAGUCCCCAAAGGGAAGCCACUGGCCCUGGUGGAGGAGAUCAGGAACAGGCGUGACGUGAAGGUGUUCAGUGUCACUAAGGAGAACCGAAAUAGCCUCCUGCCGGAUAUUGUGACCUGCGUGCAGAGCAGCAGGACCUGAAGCAGCAGGCGACCGGGUCCAGCUCUGCCUGCUGGUUACCCAGGUUUGCUACCUCCCUGUCAAUGGGCCUUGUGCCCUCUGUCCAAGAGAGCUGGGCAGCUGCUUUCUACAAAAUGUGGGUGAGAUCAGAAUUAGCCCAGUGCCUGCUGGGCCGUGCACAGUGAACAGUGCACUGUGUCUUAUGUAUGCUCAAGGGUUCUGUCUAUUUCCUUUUGCAGCUGUGCGUGUGAUUUGAGUAAAUUCGAAGUGAACGUGUCAA